AUGGAAGGCAAGACCUCAGCAAGUCCAGCUGCUGCCAUCUCAGAGGAAAGCACCAGCCUGCAUUUACAAGAAAUAAGCCGAAUACCAGUGUGCCUCCAUCGGCUGCGUGGGCUCCUCAGCACCUGCCGGGAAGGAUGGAGGGCGUAUUACAGACAGCCUAUUUUCCUCGUCGGCCUGGGCCUGGCCUUCCUUUACACCACAGUGCUGGGCUUUGACUGCAUCACCACCGGCUACGCCUACACCCAGGGCAUCAGCGGCUCGCUGCUCAGCAUUCUGAUGGGCGUGUCGGCUGUGGCGGGGCUUCUGGGUACUGUGCUUUUCACAAAGCUGCGCAAAGCAUGUGGCCUGGUCAACACUGGGGUCAUUUCCAGCGUUCUGCACCUAGUUUGCCUGUUGCUUUGUUUGUGCUCCGUGUUUGCCCCCGGUAGCCCCAUGGACCUCAGCAUGCUAAAUAUGGGGAAUGCAUCAGAUGUGGGAGGGAUGACCGGAGGUCACCAGAGGCACGGAUACCCACUGCGUGGAGGCAGCAACCAGCCUCUGCUGCCAGACCGUUCCUCCAUUCACUGGACCAAUAACACUGUGCUGUUUGAGAACGCGCCAGCAGGGACUGAACCAGAGUCUUACGUCUCCAUCAUCCUGCUGUUCCUUGGAGUCAUUACAGCUCGAGUUGGUCUCUGGUCCUUUGACCUGACAGUGACUCAGCUCUUGCAGGAGACCAUAUGUGAAUCAGAGCGUGGGGUGGUGAAUGGAGUCCAGAGCUCCAUGAACUACCUGAUGGACUUGCUGCACUUCAUCAUGGUCAUCUCUGCACCCCAGCCACAACACUUCGGCAUCCUUGUCAUCAUCUCCAUCCUGUUCAUUUUCACGGGACACACCAUGUACUUCCUGUAUGCCAGGAAAGUCAAGAGGAAACCACGUACGAACACAUAAGCAACACAAAUCUCUCUAGUGAAUGUGUCUUAAUCCCUGCGCUGUGCCGUGUGUUAAGAUUCACUUACACAAAACGCACUGUAUCCAGCUCAGCACAUUAAAAAAAGCUGUCGCCGUGAUCUCUUCGGAAGAAAGAAAGGGUUUGGCAGCAGCGUAGUACUCAGGUGAACAUAACCAGGAAACAGCGGCUCCUGUUGACAGUCAAAAGAAACACCAUCAUAAUAAACUUCGGCGAGCCAAGAUUUCCUGGAAGUUAAUAAGUGACUUAAAAUGCACACUAUUACAACAAGUACAUAACUGAACAUAGCUGACACAACAUGUUUUCAUGGAUUAUUAGCUAAGUAAACAUCUUAUUUGUAAAUCUUCUCACAUAAACAGAAACCAGUU